UGCAAGAUUAAUGAAUAGACCAAUACGUCAGUCAAAAUACUGUUGGAGAGGCACAGCCUGGUACCAAAGAGUUUGGCAGCAGUUGUGACUCCAGCCAAACGUCACCUGGCUGGUAUGGAGUUACAGACUUUUGACUCACUUAGAGAGAGAGCGAGAGAGAAGUGCUGCAUUUGCCUGCUGUCGUUUCAAUUUUGAGAAUUUUCAGUUGAAGAAGGAGGAACUCUGUGUACACUGAGCAAGUCCUGGGACAGCCUGUUCUGAGGAUCCAGAAAGCCAUGGCACCGGUGUUUCUGCCCACUGACCAGCUGAGGACACUGACCUGAGAGAUGGAGCAUUAUCUCUGUCCAGCUAACAUUGGGGUCAGAGUACUCCUGGCGUGAAAGCUCCAUACUAAAAUCCAGGUUGUACCAAAGGAUCCUCAUGUGUCAGAGGGGGUGAUUGACAACGCAGUAGAUAUGGACAGUCUGAACAGGAACCUGCCUGAGUGUGGACGGCAAACCCAUCAAGUGUUACAGAGCACGCCACUGGAUCUGUUUGAGAGCGGCAAGGGGCUGAAGGUCCAGGCAGAGCGUCCCCAUCUGGUCAGUCUGGGCAGUGGCCGUCUCAGUACGGCCAUCACACUGCUGCCCCUUCCUGAAGGCAGGACCACGUUGGGCCAUGGGGCGAUGGACAUCAGCAUCCAGGGCCCAGGAGUUGCCGCCCAGCACUGCUACAUAGAGAACCGGGCAGGGAUCAUCACUCUCCACCCUUGUGGGAACCAAUGUGCCACAGACGGGCUUCCUGUCACCAAACCAGUCCGCCUGUCACAAGGCUGUAUGCUGUGUUUUGGCCAGUCAGUAUUUUUCCGCUUCAACCACCCAGAGGAGGCGUUCAGGAUGAAGAGCAUGAUGCCAGGGGGAAGCAAGGGCUCCGGUGGGAACUACAGAAUCCACUCAGACUCAAAGAGCCUGGUCAAUGGGAACCAUCAAUCAGGAGCAUCCCAGUCGCACCACCCAGCCCCCGGUGAGAGAGUCCCACGCUCCGAGCAUAGUGCCAUCGUCAGCUCCAUCGAAAAGGACCUCCAGGACAUCAUGGACUCCCUAGUCAUGGAUGAUCCCCAGCCUUCCUCUUCAGACUCAAAAAAUCCAGACCACCCCAUCCCCCACUCCCCGCUGUCCCCCAUGGUCAACGGAGGAGGCCGCUACCUCCUCUCCCCUCCCACCAGCCCGGGGGCCAUGUCAGUGGGCUCUAGCUAUGAGAACACGUCCCCGCCCUUCUCCCCUCUGUCCUCUCCCUCGGCGGCCAGCAGCGCAGGCAGCUACACCAGCCCUUCUCCCAGCGGCUGCCUGGACCCCCAGGACCUAUCCCUGCCCCCCGUGCCGGUCCGCUCAUCCAGCUACAACUACACAACUACACCACCCAUCCCCCAGCCAAGGACCAUAAUGACAAACUACAGCCCCGGCGGUGGGGUGCAGAGGGUUCCUGAGAGCCCCAGGCUCCAGAGGAAAUGUCUCCUGGAGGCCCCCCAGAGUCCCAAGCCGGCCCGCAGAGGCCAGAGCCUGGACAGCCCAGGGGUGAUGGGUUCAGAGAGCCCCAGACUGACCCACCUAUCUGUUGCAUCAGCCGAUGCCGGGUACAUGGGCAGGAACGCAGUGCCAAGUAACCCCAGACUCACCUCCAAUUUCUCCUACGCCGCUACGUCUUCCUCCCCAUCCAGUCCCAGGACGAAAGCGGGCAACAUCCUCCAGGAGCGUCCGGCCAGCCCCUUCAGAGAGCAGGCGGACCGCUCCCUCACCUCCAGCUCUUCCAGACAGCUGCUAUCCCAGCCCAGCAGGGCCUUCCAGCCUCCCCUGGACCCCAUCGUCCACAUAAUCCAGGGGGGCUCUCCACUCCAGCAGCACCACCCCUUUCCCCACCCUCUCACGCUCCAGCCCCCAAAGAGCCCUCGGCUCUCCCACAGGAACCUCGACCUCAGCGGCGGUGGUGGCAGCAGCAUGAGGGAGCUCCCCCCUCUCAGCCCCUCCAUGGCUCGCAGAGGGGUGCCUGUUCUCCCAGGGGCUCUCCCUGGAAGUAUCCCCAUGUUGAGAACGCCCGAGAGCCCAUCAUCAUUGGGGAAGCUGGGAGUCCCGGAGAGCCCCGGGCUCCGACGCAAGGCCGGCUCCCCCCCGGAGGACCAGUUUGGCGGCAGUGUGGUCCGAGCCCGCAGCCCCUCCCCUACCUUGGGGCUGAUGAUGAUGGAGAGCGGGGGAGGGGGAAGGAAGGCCAGUUUUGGGAACGCCCUCUCCCCUGCUUACAGCCUGGGCUCCCUACCUGGCUCCUCGCCUCUCGCCAGCCCCAGGGGCCAUAGGAAGAUGUCCGGGGGCCCCCGGGAUCAGAGGGGCCCCCUCCCGGGCAUGCGGGAACGGAAAAACAGCAUCUCUGAGAUCAGCGACAACGAGGACGAGCUGUUAGAGUACCACCGGCGCCAGAGAGAGGAGAGGCUCAGGGAGCAGGAGAUGGAGAGACUGGAGAGGCAGAGGCUAGAGACCAUCCUGAACCUGUGCGCCGAGUACAACAAGGGCGACGGGCCCUUUGGGGGCGAGGCAGAGGGGAGGAUGGGCUUCCCUGGGGGCCUGGGACCGGGGGAGGUUGCGGCCAGGAGACCCUCUAUGGACAGCUUGAUGGGGGCCGGCUCGCUGCAUCGUAGCAUGGCCCAGAGACAGCAGAGGGAGAGCGACGAGGAGAACCUCAAGGAGGAGUGCAGCAGUACAGAGAGCACCCAUCAGGAGCAUGAGGAGCAGUCUGUUUCUGGCAGCGUGGAGCGGACAGAGCUGGGUUACCUGGAGGACGAGAGGGUCAGAGUGCUGGCACGAGUCGACGAGCUCAAAUCACGAAUCACAGAGCUGGAGCAACAGCUACAGGAGUCCAAGCAGGAGGCAGAGAUGGAGCGGGCCCUGCUGCAGGGAGAGAGGCAGGCGGAACUGGACCAGGUAGAGGCAGAGACGGAGAUCAUCGGACAGCUGCAACACAAGCUCAACGAGCUGGAGAACGCCAUCCAGAGGGAGAAAGACAAGGCAUUGCCAAAUCCUGGAUGGCCUCCCAAGACCGUAUCUAGUUGGUUUUGCCAUCCCAAGGAGAGGGCAAAUGUUGACGCAGAGCGCCGAGACCUGGCGAGCCUCCAGGAGGGUUACAGUGAGCUGAAGAACCAGCUUCAUAACUGCCCCGAGUCACUGAGGGAGCAGUUACAGGAACAGCUCAAAAGGGAGGGCGAGACCCUGGAGUCAGAGACAAAACAGUUUGAGGACCUGGAGUUCCAGCAGCUUGAGAGAGAAAGCAGCCUGGAGGAGGAGAGGGAGACCAUCAGCCAGCAGCUGCUGCAGGAGAGGGCCGAGUACCACACCAGCGUGGCCAAGAGGAAGGACAAGGUGGCAGCUCUGGAAGGCCAGGCCAGUCAGCUGGGACAGCAGGCGUCUCAGGAGUGUGACAGGCUGGCUAAGGACAGGAACCUUACCCUGCAGAUUCUCCAUAAGGAGAAAGAGAGGCUAUCGGCCUUAGAGAAGAGGUACCUCAGCCUUACCGGAGGAAGAUGUUUCCCUAAGUGUUCCAGCACCAUGAAAGAGGAGUACGUGACUGUGGGCCAGUUAACUCAGUUCUUUGGGAUGCCGAAGGUCGAGUCCUCCCCUACCUCUCCUCUCCGGCCCCUCCAGUCAGGAGCUGGAGACCCCGCCUUCUCCUGCCUCUCCUUUCGUCACGGCUCCUCCCCCUCUCUCUCUGUUGAGUAUCAGCCUGAGUGCAGUAGGCCUCAAAUCCCCACUCUCGAUUUAGAGCAGUGGUACCAGGAGGUGAUGGCUGCUGUGGAGAGCAGCCAGCUCUGCCCCCCUCUCCCAGCUAAACCUCUCUCCACUCGCAGGCCUAUGCAGGUGUUCCGUUCCAAGCUGGACAGUGAUGCUGGACAGACGGUACAUCAACCCAAAGCAGGCUCCGGAUCCCAUCUGCAGUACGUAGCCACUACACUGGGACGCAACACAACCGCCAAGAGCCCACUGAUGGUUCCCAACAGUACAGGCAGUUUGCCACGGAACUUGGCUGCCACCAUGCAGGACAUAGAGACCAAGAGAGCGCUAGCCUUACAGCAGAAAGAGUCCUCCUUGCCUUCCACGUCUGAGUCUCCCUGCUCCACCAUGGACAAUCCCACAGACAGACAGAUAGACAGACAGACCACUCAACCUGGGAGCCAACAGGUGAUCGAGGAGCAGCGUCGUCGAUUGGCUGAGCUGAAGCAGCGGGCUGCAGUGGAGGCCCAGUGCCAGUGGGAUGCGCUCCACGGCUCUCAGACCCACCUCUACGCCCCCUCACACGCCCACGGCCCUCACAUGGUGCACCACUCCAUCCUGCACCACCAGCCGCCAUCGGCGGGCGAGCAGCCGUACGACACACUGAGCCUGGAGAGCUCCGACAGCAUGGACACCAGCGUCUCCACAGGCAACAACUCGGCCUGCUCCCCCGACAACAUGUCCAGUGCCAGUGGGAUGGAUGCGCUGAAGAUCGAGGAGAUGGAGAAGAUGCUGAAGGAAGCCCACCUAGAGAAGGCCAGGCUCAUAGAAUCCAGAGAGCGAGAGAGCCAUGCCCGUAGGCAGAUGCUGGAGGAGGAGAGGAGGCGGCGCGAGGAGGCUGAGAAGAGGCUGCAGGACGAGACGGUGCACAGGCAGCAGCUGGUGGACAAGGAGGUGAAGAUGAGGAGCAAGAACUUCUCCCAGGCCCGUCCUAUGACUCGUUACCUGCCCAUCCGCAAGGAGGAGUUUGACCUGCGCUCCCACAUCGAGUCAUCCGGCCACAACGUGGAGACCUCUUACCACGUGAUCCUCACAGACAAGAUGUGUAAGGGUUACCUGGUCAAGAUGGGCGGCAAGAUCAAGUCGUGGAAGAAACGCUGGUUUGUCUUCGACCGCCUCAAAAGGACCUUCUCCUAUUACGUCGACAAGCACGAGACCAAACUGAAAGGAGUCAUCUAUUUCCAGGCCAUUGAAGAGGUCUAUUACGAUCACCUGCGUAGCGCCACGAAGAGCCCCAAUCCCUCGUUGACCUUCUGUGUGAAGACUCACGACAGACUCUACUACAUGGUGGCCUCUGCCCCGGAGGCCAUGAGGAUAUGGAUGGAUGUUAUAGUAACUGGAGCCGAGGGCUACACGCAGUUCAUGAACUAAGAGACUUGUGUACGGUGGCCUAGCAGUGAAACGAUCAGAAGGAGACUGCUGGGACACACUUCAAUAGACUCAGGCCUUAUCCUCUCCCAGUAUUGGGAAAUUGCCUUCAUUGUAUCUAUUUUUUAAUCACUUUACAAUAGACGUUUUUCUACUUGCUUCUGCCCGCAGAUUGAAAAAGACACUAUAUAACCAAUGUCAGACUAUCCGCUCAAAAGCCUUUAUUUUUGCCAAAUUGAGUGUUACAGGCUCUUGCUUGUGAGACCUACUUUGUGUAUCCGUGUCUAAUAGUUCACUUGUUUUUACACUAUGGAAUAGUGGAGAAUGAACCUAAUUGAAACCAGUGAGGAAAACGAACUGUUGAGCCAUCGGCUUACUACUGAACUAGAUUCCACUAAUGUUGCCAAGUCCUGAUGACAGCCAUUCCACUGAGACCAAACAGUACAAUAAUGCUAAUCAUUCUGUGCCUUGAGGUCAUAAUCCUAGUCGGUUAUUGUCACUGAACAGUAAGUUCCAGCCCCCCUGUAGAUCUGAUUGGAUAGGUGGUGACGCCAGGUCAAAUUGCUUCCGCUUUAGAACGUCAUGAUCUGGUAGCGUGACAUUGUAAAGGAUUCCGAAUGUGUUUAGGUUUGUGAAAUUGAGUUGUAUUUCUUUAUAGUACCUCAGGCAGGUUAACUGUGUGAGAAAAGACCUUGAUAUAGUUUCCCCACACCAAAAUGGGUAUAACCAAAUGUUCAGUGUUAGAAAAAGGUUUUCUACUGUAAAAUGUCACUCAUUCAACCGGUAUUGUACAAAAAUACAUUUCAAAAGUAGUCUAAUGGCCAAGACAGUAAACCUCCCUGUAGAACAUAGCUCCCAUCUGACACACCAUAUGUUGACUGUACACUUCCAUGUAUGGAUUCUCAAUUCAGAUCUAUUAAAACAGACUCUAACAUUU